AUGAACAUGGGUGACCUUUCUAAGGAUGAUGACUUCCUCAGCCAUUUACUCGUCGAGAAGCUUGGUACCGGCGCCGUUCCUUUGCUCGUUCAUAAGAUGGAUCCAUCUCGAAGACUUCCAAAGACCAAUGCCGAGGAUCUUAUGCAAAUGGUUAGACGCCUUGUGGCAAGUAAGCUUGGUCCUCAGAAUGCUGUCCGACAAGCAGUGGACGACCUCCUUGCCCUGCCUUCUGUUCGUUACUACCUCAAGCCCUACACGCAGAAGCAGAUUAAUGCCUUCGCCACACAUGCCUCGCGAUACUUUGAGCUCUACAACCCUGCAGGGUGCAUAGAAAUUGCUCACACAUCUAGAUACUCUCACAGGACAGGAAAGUCGGAGUUAUGCAUCCUCGCUACUCGCCCUCUGGCCCCUGGAGUGGUAAUCAUUGAGCUGAAGGGAUCAAUGGCACAUCUUUCAAAGGAGGAAGACAAGGAACUCAAGCGGACCGACCUGAGAAAUAUUGACAUCAGGAGGGACUUUAGCGUCAUCCAUUCACGUCAAAUGAAGAAGAACCAUCUAUUUUUGGGUCCCGCUCGAUUUGUGAACCACGAUUGUGACAACAAUUGCGAGCUUUUCCGGGAAGGCAAGUACAUCACAUUUCGCACUCUCCGGGCUAUCUCCAUCGGAGAAGAGAUUACCGCACAUUACGGCGAUGGUUACUUUGGGGGCAGGAAUCGACACUGCCUUUGUGAAACUUGCGAGAAGAACGGUAGAGGAGGCUACGCUCCAGAUCACUCCGACGGUGAUGUGGAUUCGGCCGGUGAACAAGAUGCCGAAGUGUCGGAUGAUGACGCUGAAGUACCUGCCGCAACCGUUGCCGACGUCAAUGAGCGCAGGACGCGGCGUGGCGUUUACGCUAUAGUUCAGGAGGAAGAUUCUGAUUCUGAGGACAGCGAUGACGAAGAUAAGGAGGGUGACAAACCGCUUGCUGAUGCCCCUGACGCUUCUGGGGAUGAUGAUGUGGAUAUGGAACUAGGUGGGGAAGCUUCCCAUUCGGUAGCCGUUUCGUCGUCCUCUCGCCAUUCUGCGGCUAUAGAUGCAACAGUCGCCACGCCUGAUCCUGAUGUCCGGCCAUCAUGUAUGUCAUCAUUGAGCGCCGAAGAAUCAGGGAAAGCACCGGCGAAGUCCGUUAUCUCCACUCGCAGACAGAAGAUGACGCACGAGUCGUCCAGCAAGCAUUCUACUCCUGCCCCCCGUGAUGUUUCGCACAACCUAUCGUCACGCCUUAGGGGUCAAAGUCAUCGGGAUAGCGUGUCUGUCACGCCUAGUAGGAGCAAAGGAAAGGAUGUAGAAAAGGUUCAAGUGAAGGAAGAAUCUGAAGCGAGAGUUCUCCGAGCGCGUCCUUCCGUAGUUGGGGAAAAAAUUGAUUCGGCGGGGCCCCCGAAGCGCGAGAUUCCUCGUGGCGAAGACGGACGGCCGUUGCCAACGUGCGCAACGUGCUCGAAUGUCUUGCCUGUGAUUUCAGUGGACUCCAAAAUUGUGUGGGGUCUGAAUCUAGAUUCUCCACGGCGAAGCAAGAAGUCCAAACAAAGACAAGAGUGUCCAAGGUGCAUGCGUCACAUCGCUAUAUAUGGCCAGCCGUGGCCAGCUCGUCUUCUGAGCCAAGCUGUUGUAGCCCCAUCCCGUGACGAUGUGGAUGCCAACUCCUCGCGGCGCCCCCCUCAGAAGAGCGCUCCUGUCGUGGAGCGCAAGCCCGCGCCCCCCGUCGAUGAGCGUCCUCUGAAGAAGCGUAGAGCCGAUAACGGACCUAGCGUGGAAAUGUCAGCGAAAGCCAAAGAGCUUUUUGGACCACUGAAGAGAAAGAGGGGACGACCGCGCAAGUACCCUCUUCCUGAAGAAGAGUUACCGAAACGGAAGAGAGGUCGACCUCGUAAAUACCCUCUUCCCGAGGUGCCUCCUCGGUCUCAUCCUCACCUACCUCCUAAGCCUCCAUUGACUCCGCCCGCACCUAUGAUUAAACCCUCCGUACUCCCAUCACCAAGUGUCAAGAAUAGCGAUCAUUCCCCUUCUUCGUCACGCAGUCAUACCAGACCAAAGGCCUUGGCGGUACAAUCUCAACCUCGAGAUUCAAACGGCCGUUUCGGCAAGAAAGCCACCACGAAUGGCAGAUUCGUCAGAAGGAAGUUUGGUACUUUCCAGAACCUGACACGCACAGAGAGGCUUUUCCACAGAAGAAACAUCAAGGUUACGCAGUGGCUCGCAGGCAGGCAUGAAGAAGAUGAGACGGACGGCGAAGAAGCAGAUCCGCAGGACUGGGAUCAACCGAAUGAUCCAGAGACUCUUCCUACUGGGAAACGAGCGGCAUCUUUCCCACCUGAAGGCUCAGCAUCGCUGGCAAAGAAGCCCCGACAUUUUACCAGUCCUUUCGAAAGAAACGACGAAGCGUUAGAAUACAGCACAUCUGUACCAUCAGGGCCCGUGGCUUAUAGGUUCAAAGGGGUGGGUAGCAGUCUUCUAUAUCACCCCAAUCCGACAAAUUACGCUCGUCGCAAGUGGGCACCACCGUGCCCUGACGAUGUUUCUCAGGACGAAGAGGAUAGCGGCCCCUCUCUGCCAACGCUGGAAAGUGACAGUAUCGGUCCCGUCACACCUGAUGACCAGACGCCGUUACCCAUAGCUGGUCCGUCUCAGCUCGAGCAUACAGUCACGGAAAAAUUGGCUCAGCGAGCUAGUUGGCGGGGGCCCGCACACAAUAGCGUUCUAACCUUCCAACCAUCUCCAGUCAAUUUUGCCAGACGUCGCUGGUCCUCGAUUACCAAGUCCCCCCUUGACUCUGGUCCAGCAACUCGCCGCAGCGAGCGACUGAACCCAAAGGCUUCCUUCUGUGGAGAAGAUAGUUCCACGAAAGUUCUUAGCGCAGAUGGACCCUAUGCGACCCCCACUGUUGGUUCACGAUCAAGCGUUCGCGUUUCGUCGGUUUCGGAGAAUAUGUAUAUAGAAGGUGGUGCAAUUCCUCGUGGCGGGUCUUACACAUCAUCAUUUGACGACGUACGUACAUCUACUUCUUAUACCUAG